GGCGCUGUAGGUGUGUCAUCUACGGGCGAGAUAAAUCGAUCGUUAACAUGGCGUUCACGUUGUGGAACUUAUUGGAAGCAACAUUAUUAUGCUUAAACGCAGUAUGUAUAUUGCACGAAGAACGGUUUUUAGUGAAAAUGGGUUGGGGUGCGAACCAGAACAUCCAGGGGUUUGGGGAACAGCCAUCUGUCAGAUCGCAAGUAUUCAAUCUUGUAAGAUCAAUACGUACUGUGAUGAGAAUUCCACUCAUUAUCCUCAACAUUCUAGUAAUAGUGUUCAAGCUUAUACUGGGUUGAUAGUGUGAAGGAUGUGAAGGAUUUGUGAAGUGUGAAGUACUGCUGUGAUGUGUGAACAGAUGUGCCUGUUAAGUCAUCCAGCACUUACUUAGCAAGCAGCAACUUUUAAACAUGAAGACAAGCUUGUGAUUGUGCAGAUGCAAUUAAAUAUCACUGUUUCAUAAAUAAAUUAUUUUUACAAGAAUACAGUUGAAGUGUGUGCAAUGUAUGUACAUUUGUAUGUAUGAACAAUGUACAUAUGAUGCUAAUGGUACUCGGUAUCAUAUACCUGACAAUUUGAAAAAAUAAAUUUGUUAAUGAAAGUACA